CAAAGCACUUUACACUACAUGUCAGCAUUCACACACACAUUCAUACACUGAUGACAGAGGCUGCCAUACAAGGUGCCAACUUUGCCCAUCAGGAUCUAAUCUAAAUACUCAUUCACACACUGAUGGCUAAGCCUUGUUACCGGAGCAGCCAGGGAUAGAACCACCGACCUUUUGAUUGGUGGACGACCUGCUCUACCCUCUGAACCACAGUCGCCCCAGGUGAGCGGAUGGGUACUAACUUGGUUGCAAUCUGCAACCAAACCACUAGAUGUCACCAAAUUGUACACACUGUACCUUUAACAGAACCGUCUCAGAAGUUGUUUGUUUGUGUGUGUGUUUGGGAGGGGGCGUGCUGCUGUGUGUUUGAAAAAGAUCCCUCUUUUUCAGAAGUUCCAAAGAUGGAACAAAAUCUGGUGUAAAUCUGACCUUACAGAUUCUCUUCUCUACGGUCCAACUGUGCACUGAAUCCUUUGCUAAAAAGCAAACACCAAUGUUGAAAGUUACUUCAAAGGUGUAAACUGAUGAGCCAUUCAUGAGUGUGUGAGUGAGUACAAUGGAUUAUUGGCAACUGAAACCUCUUGUGGAUUAUCUGGUUUACAUUUGUGUGCAAGGAUGUACAGAAGUGAAGUGAAUUAUCUGCAGUGGCACUUUUCUACAGUUUACAGUACAAAAUUAAAAUAUAGUAUCUAUAUACUGUUUGUGAAAAAUACAACAUGUACAAUAGUUUAGGAAUUUAUAUAUAUAAAUUAUAUAUAUAAUAAUAAUAUAAUAUGUAAAUGUGUUACCUAUUUUUGAGAUUGUUGCUGUUUAGAGCAUUUGAUUUUAGCAUCAUUGUUGUAAAAUGGUAAUAAAAGGUUGAAUUUCCAUGAGUGUGUCUUCCAGUAAAAGCGGUCUAUGAGAUACACGUUUUCAGCCCUUGCUGCUUUAGCUGCUUUGAUCCAGAACUAUGAUUAUAAAAUGAUCUUCUAGUGGCAGUGUCAGAAGACAUUCUUCUUCUUUGUAGGAUUUAAGAUUACGUCAAACAAGGAAGUUUGGUCAAAAUGUUUUUUCUUCCUCAUUCUUGGAAUGGCAAGUUUGGGUUACAUAACUUAAAAUACUUUUGUCUUCAAGCGGGGUGACUUGACAUUAUGUUCUCAUUGUUUAAGGCCCAUUUUUAGGUACUGUACAUUUCCUGUUUCCCAUUGUGUGUGUCUCUCUUUCAGCAAGCAAAAUAAUAGGUGAUGACUGACGAGUCUGCAAGAUAAUGACAACAAUGAAAACCAUGUAAGGUAUGUAUAGGCCACGUGGAGUUGGAGAUUCAUCGUACUGAUGGACUAUCCAGCCCCUGUGGAGCUGCUGUCGGCCGCUGGAGAGCUGAGUAUGCCAUUCUCAGACGCGGUCAAGUAUUGCAUCCUGGGAAUCUCGGUCACUCUUCUCCUGCUUGCGCUGGGCAUCUUGGCAUGGCAGGCCUUCAGAUGCUGCACACAGAGACACACCACAUACACACGGCAAGAUCCUGUGAACAGUGAUCUGCCGUACUCGGACGAAAAGUCAACAGAAGCAGGAAACUACUCAGGAGCUCCAUGUACUAGGGUGGAGAAUGUCAACGCAGACGUCCGCAGGCUGAGUCGCUGUCUGUCUCAGGCCUCGUUUCCCUCCUCAGGAUCCAGCCAGGCAGACGGAGACAUGGGGGAGCAGGCCAACAUUAAAAAGGUCGAUGGAUCGCUAUGUUUUUCCAUCUAUUAUGACCAACUGCAGUCCCAGCUGGUGGUCACCAUCUUGCAGGUGGAGGGGCUCCUGGAGCACAGCCAGACGCGCAGCCUCCAGCCAUUUGUUAAGCUAAGACUCAUGUGGGCAGGUUCAGAGGCAGUGGAAGUGGAGGACUGUACGGAUGAGGAGGGUGAAAGGACUGCACCUGUCCUGUGGACUGUGCUGCAGGAGUGGCGGACUCGCAUUGUGAAAGGCAGCUGUAACCCUUUAUUUGGAGACCAGUUCAGCUGUGCUCUGCAAAAGGAUAAGGAGCUUCAUCACAUCAACCUCAGGAUGGAGGUGAGGGACUUUGAUAAAUUCUCCAGGCACACAGUGUUAGGAGAGGUGAGGGUUCCUCUAGGCCAGCUCAACAUCUCCUACCCUCUGGAGCUCCAAGAAGAUCUGAAGAUACCCCAGAAGGAUCUUGUAGGAGAGGUGCUUCUGUCUUUAAAGUUUCUUCCCACUUCUCAGAGGCUUGAGGUUGGACUGCUAAAGGUUAGAACGGUCCUCACUGAAAUAUGCUCAAAUGCAGUGCUGUACGCCAGGAUCAGUGUGCAGUGCAACCAGUGCAAGUUGAGGUACCAAAAAUCCUCUGCAGUGGCCCGCUGCCUGAUGACUGUCUUCAAUGAGGUCCUCAUGUUCUCACUGCCAGAGUUUCCUCUGGAUCAGUGUAAAAUAUCGGUUUCUGUGUAUGAGACUCACACGACUAGGAAAAAAACCAAAACUCUGAUCGGACAGUUGACUGUGGGGAAAGAGAAGAGAUCAGAAGACAAGCACUGGAGCUUAAUGAUGCGCUCAGUCCGCCAGCCAGUAGCAAAGUGGCAUGGCCUACUGAUCUGACUUGCAUCUCAUGAAUUCUCUCCUGCACUUCCUGGAUGUCUGCACCUGCUUGUAUUUAACUGAGAGCUGUGGUGCUCGUGUAUCAGGCUGAGGGAUCUGCACAUAAAUAUAAAACAGUAGAUGCAACAUUACGUCAUAACUAAUGAGAUAACCGUCCGCCAUCUAACCUGGGUAUUGUUUACAAGUGCUACCUAUGGGCAGCAACUGGUUGUAAGCUGUUCAGCACAUAACUGCUUUACCUGAAGGACCAAAGAGACCAGGGAGGCUGGUAUCACUGUUAACACGCCAGUAUAGGGUAUGUACUUAUGGGUCAACUACAAAAAAAUUGUGAACUAGCUAACUGUUUUACAUCUAUGGAUCUGCACCUGCUUAGCUGCAGGCCAAAUAUGGACUUCUCUCCCUUCUGACACCCAAGGUUUAUGGAAAGAGGCUGGGACACGGGUCUUGAUCUAUGGGGUAUGACACAUACACAGUGUAACUGGAGCUGCGGUCACGCGCGUGGCUAUAGGCUCAAUUACGGUGAGUGCAGACUGCACAUGUGUUGUACCCCAAUAACAUGACGCAAUGAUGACAUUUCCUCUUUUCACCCUCCUUGCUGACACCUCAGUGGUACAAAGACCUCUCUGUUCCAAUCAGGACAGUGGAGUGACUGCCCAAUUGAAACCUUAGGUUACUCAGUCUACUUGUUCACUGUAUCUCGCUUUUUAAGCUCCAAAUCUCAUUGUAUUGAAAGACCUCUAAAGAUCUGACAUUUGUACUCCUAAUUGCUGAUGAAGAAUACUUUAGUUUGGCACUCAUUGCACUCAGUGCAUAACUGUGUUGUUUGUUACGGUCAUAUUUAUCUUUAAUAUGUGCUGUUCUUUUGUGCUUGUUAUAAAAACUGUUCAUUCGGAAUUAUUAAAUCUCUAUAUUGCAACUCUGAA